GUUUGGGGGGCUGAGUCUGGAGGCAACAGCAUGACCGAGGGGGAAUUACCCUUCUUCGAGUGUCGCAUCCCAAGACUCAAUUGCAUUCGCUUUUCUGUCUUCUUUCAUCACUCUCGUUAAUGAUUUUCAGUGCCUUAUUCUCAUCGCCAUCAUAACGACAAGUGACGGACGGGUUUCGAGAAGGGAAUUCUCGAGCAAGGGCAGCCGGAAAACUGAAUGCCAAGGCCAACCCAGUACAUCGGGUACAAGUGUCAUUCCGGGCUCAGCUUUCACUGAAGACGCGUCAGCACUUCAGAAUCAGCGAUAUUUCGAGCAGAUAAAAGAGUAUCAGUCACGAUGAGCGACGAGCAGUCGUUCACGGUCGAGAUCCCGAUCCGACCUCGGGAGCCACGUCACCGGGAUUCGACCUUUGCCUCGCAUGCCAAAAUCGAGGAAGUAGUUCACUCACCACCAUUUGAACACCACUUUCGCCUGUCGCAACCUGUGCACCACCAGCAAAAAUGCCCCGAGGGCCUGAAGAUCAUCUCAGGUGUCUAUGGGAAGACAUUUCGUGACCGGUCGCCGACCUCAUCGACCAUGAGCUCGACUCAUAUCCCCGACUCAGCGACGACAUGUUCAAUGCCCAUGUCUCCCACCUCAUCGACCUUUACAAGGGCUACGACUCCUGAUAUUGAUGGCCCUGAGCGCUUACCGACACCGUUUCUUGCGUCGCGUUCCGGUACGAGCGGGCAUCGUUACAGAGAAUCAUGCGACUCGGGAUCGACGUUCGUGGACUCCAUCAUGGGCGAGAGGUUUCCGGCGUAUCCGGAAUCCAUCGGCGCGGGUCACAAAGAGGAUCCACUGCCGCGGAUGGACAUCAUCGAGCCGGAUGAAGAUGAGCAAACUGACUUGCCUCACACGGCGGGCACCCCAAGGCCGCCGUCGCCGGACGAAACGCCCGAGUCACCCCGCGAAGAGCGGGUGCCACCCCGGCCCCUCAAUGAAAGGAUGAGCUUUGACUCCGGCUCCGAUCGUCUCUCGCGUGCAUGGGAGCCCAUCACCCCAACACCCAUUGACUUCUCUAAUGAAGAAGCCGAUGCGGUUCUCGACUAUGUCUUGCAGGUUACUUACGGUGUGGAGCUGGAAGAGGUUACCAUGCCACCCGCCUUCCUCCGCCAUUUCGUCUUCAGAUUUAUCCAAGACAUCGGAAGAUUUGCAUUCAAUGGAUUCCCCGCCGGAACACAACUAACCCACACUCAAUCCACGUCGUCUAAUGGCUCUCUGCCUCUAGCUCGGAGAUCAGGGUCAGGUCGAGGGUCUCAAAACGGCAAGCGCAAGAAGGGCGACACCGGCCGUGCAGAUGGUGAUGAUGAUGGCGAUGACUUGACGGAUGACGAUGGAGACUCAAGCAUGCCGUUCAAGAGGGCCAGACAAACACCACGAGAGGCAGAGGGAGACCUUCGACUGAGCUGUCCGUUUCGCAAGAGGAACCCCCAUAGGUUCAACGUGAGAGAGCACCACUCGUGUGCAAUGACUUACUUCCCCAAGUUUGCCGAGCUGAGGCAACACAUCGUCAAGCAACACAAGCGCAACGACCCUUCAUCCUUCAUGUGCGACCGCUGCAACCGAGACUUUCCCAGCAAGAAGGAUCUCAGGGAUCACCAGCGUCUACCAAAGGAGCAGAUGUGUGACGUUUCCGACCACGACCCAGAGUCCGGCAUCGACGGCCCUACAAUGACGAAGCUUCUCAGUAGGAAGCGAGCCAGUGGCAUGAGCACAGAGGUCCAAUGGAAGGAGAUCUGGAACCUGUUGUUCCCUGACGACGAUGACUACAGGGUUCAGCCUUUCGACUUCUGCCCCGUAAUCGAGCAUUUCGAGUUGCAGAACCAGUUCAUGAACAGUCUGAAAGACGUCGAGGAUAGCCUGCGAAACAAGGGCAUGACUCCCCAAGCGUUGGAGACCAUCGGGAACAUCUAUCGCAAUCAGUUCAUCCAGGUCAUUGAACAGUGCAUCGCCAACGCACAGAACAUGCCCUAUUCGAACCGAAGUAACCGAAAGAAUGAGCCAUCACCGUCCCGCCUCCUGGCCCCACGCCACUUGACUCGCAAUGUCCCUCGUCCAGACUCAGGUGUAGACGUCGACGAGGGUUCGGAAGAUGGCCAGUCUGUCGCCAUCUUCCCUGGAGGCGGAUUCGACGGGCAAGGUAUGCUCGCCCACUCCGACAGUGUUCGAACAGUCAGAAGGGCGUCAUCAACCCCGGAAGAGUUCAGAGGCUCUAUUCCGCCCAGGACGCUGCAGCCCCUGAUAGAACAGCAGCUGCCGGCAUCCGACUUUGGUCUCGGAGGCUCUCCCCCAGUGCAGAAGCAGUCACCGUCGCAGCAGCAAUUGUCUCAGCAGCCGCCAAUGUUAGACCAACAGGCGGAGCUCAUGCCAAUGGCAAAUGGGAUGACGCCGGAGAUGGCCGCUCAACUCUGGGGCUACCAUGAUGGCACCAUGGUGCCGACAUCAGGGCCAUCACCCAGCAAUAUGAGCAUGUAUGCGCCAGUAAUUGACGCCAAUGGGCAACCGCAAUUCCUUGACUGGAACUCGGGACUGCAGGAUCAUAAUGGGAUGUACGACUUCUCGGGGUAUGUGCCUCGAUAGAGCGUGUGUUUGCAAGAAGGGAAGGCCACGUUGUAACAUUAAUGUAUGAAUGAUGGAUACGCUAUAAGCGGCCAUCCGCCGCCAUGACUUCGGAUGAGAACCGCUGUUGGGGCAACAGCUGGCUGUAGCAUCGGUGGCGGUACAUAAUCUUGAGGCCUUAAGUGGUUUACACCUGAUCCAAGGAGUCCCUGUUUGAGAUCGGCAAAACGCUCAGGUCAGAAUAACUAAGUAGAUAAUAAUGUAGUAGACUUUUCGC